AUGGCUGCUUCAAAUCGACCAUCAACCAAAACAAUCACACAAGUAUCGACGAAUAGCACACGGUACAAUGAUAUGUUUGAUACUAUCGAUGAUACAAAUGAUGGCUUACAAUUUUCAUUGGAUACAUUAAAUCAAUACUUUCUAUCUGGUCAAAUGCCAACAUUGAUAUACCAAGAAGAAAAGAUCGAGAAUGAUAUUCUUCAAGAUCCUUAUGCUGUUGAAAUCAUGGAUGACCGGCAAAACGAACCAGAUGAAGAAACUUUCAUAUCACAAAAAUUAAGUCAAUUAUCUACAACACAUAACAUGGAAAUUGACCCAUCAACAAUGUUGGAGAAAAAACGACGUUGUAGCGCCACCACAAGUCCAUCUGUUACUACAAAGAAAAUGAAAAAACAUGAUAAUGAUAGUGAUGAUGACAACGACUUGAAUGAAACUGAUACAAAAAAAGAUCCAAUUCCAAACUAUUUAUCAAUGCAUCAAAAGGCUUUUGUAUCUAUGGCUCAAAGUAUUAUAAAAGAUGUUCAAUCCAUAACUAUUAAUGAUAUACAACAAUUGGCUUUUUUCAUUCACCAAAUGCAUGCUCUUCGUAUCAAGAAACAGAUAACAACUGUUUAUUUACAAUCAGUUACAGGCACAUUGCCACAACCCGAAUGUGACUUAAUUACAGUUGAUCGACGUGUUAUCCCAAUGCAAGUCAAAUCAUUUUUGUUAAGCGAAGAAUCAUUGUCAACAGUAGCGACAGCAGCCGCAGCAGCAGCAGCAGCACCACCACCACCACCACCACCACCAACAACAACAACAAUGGACGUAUAUCAACCUGAUCAAGAAAGUGUUUGUGAGAAGCGACUUAAUGAACGUAUACAAGAACUAUGUGAAGAAAUUCAAUAUUAUGAACAACAAAUGAUAGAAAAGCAAAAUAGUUUAACUGGAUUUACAUUAGGUAUGAAUGAAAUUAUUCAAAUAUUUAUCCAAGAAUAUGGAAUUAAGCCACUUGAAUUGAAAUAUCAAUUAAAAAAAACUCUAAUUACAUAUGAUUAUGAAUUAGAAAUACUUGAACGAAAAUACAUACAGGAAAAGCCAAAUGAAUAUCAAAUCCAAAUUGCUAAACGUCUGUCAAACACGAAACGCGAUGUCGAAAAAUCGAAACGAGCAUUACUAGAAUUAAAACAAGGUGUCUUCUUCAAUAAAUCGUCUAUCUCAUUCGAUUCGAUUCCUGCAUUGAUGACAACUUCAAAUGAUACCAGUUUGAACAAUGAAAAAUCAAGACAACAAUUAUUUAAUAAAUAUGAAAAUGAACUCCGUUGUAGAAAACUUGAUUUAUUAUCAAGACAAGUACCACAAGCCGAACAAACCUAUUAUCGUUUGCAAGAAAAAUUCGAUUAUGAAUUAUCUUCCAUGUGGAAAAACCAUCGUAAUCUUGUUAAAGAUCAAGGAAUGAUGACAUCAUUGAUUAAUUUACUCGAACAACGUCUCAAUAAUCUUACCAAUAGAUGGCGAGAUAUUUAUAAUUAUAGAGUCGAUUAUUUUCUUCAAAAUGCUUAUGAUGAAUUAGAUCAUAUGAAUAAUGAUGAAAUUUCGGAAUAUGUGAAAAUUAUGGGUCCUUCAUCCUCAAUCAUUAUCCAUGCAACACAUAAAUUAAAUCAGAAACAACUACAAUUAUUAAGUCGUGGACCAAGUUACGUAUCUCCCUGUUUAAUGUAUACUUCAUUAUCCAAUGAAUCUAUGGAUGAAAUUGUGAAGAAACAAUUUGUACCGUUAAAACAUCAAAUCAAUAAUCUUUUUUUAAAAAACAAAAUUAAUUUAAAUUUACAGAUGGAAAUUCAAAAGAAAAUCUAUGAUCUAUUUAAAAAUUUAUUUUCAAAAUCAAUACCAUCAAAUCUCUAUCAACGUGCAAUCUAUGAAACGAAUUUAAUUCAAUCGAUUCAAACUUCUCUCAAGAAAAAUAAUCUUAUUUUACGAAGAACUGCUGAUAAUAUGAAUAUAUUCUAUUUGGGAAAUCUUCAAGAAUUCGAAACAAAAGCUGAUCAAUAUUUAGCAAGAUCCGAAGAUUAUGAUAUUGUCUUUAAUGUCAAUGAUGUUAAUAAUGAAAAACCAUUGAAUGUGGCAUUAAACGAAAUGAUUGAAUCAAUGAAUAGUUUAUUACAACAAUUAAAAAUACAUAGAGCAAUUAGUCAAGAUUUAUAUGAACGAUUCAUUGCUGAUCCAAAUAAAGUCAAACUACCAUAUUUGUAUUUUCUACCGGCUAUAUCCAAUGAAAAAUGUAUGUCUUUGGUACCGAUUGUGACAGGUCAAUAUAGUGCGACAUGGAAAAUUGCCAAGUAUUUGAAUCAAUUAUUACGACCAUUUGCCGAUGGAAUCUUACGGUCAACUACAUUUGCUGAAGAAACUGAUUUUAUUCAACAAUUAAAUCGUUAUGCUACUACAGAACGCCGUCUUCGGCCAACAACUCUAUUCUGUUCCAUCAAAAUAACUAACUUUUAUACAUUAGAUGAACACCAAAAUAUGAUUGAUACUGUUGGUUAUUUUUUACAAGACCAUUUAGUGAACAACAAGCUUGAAUCACUCACUGUUCAAACUAUUCGAAAUCUACUACAUUUAUUUCUUUAUAAUAAUAUUUUUUCUUACAAAGAUGGCAUCUUUAAAUUUACCAGAGGUAGUCCAAAUACAGUACCGUUAACGGAAACAUUAUCCAAUAUUUAUUUAUUUGUAUGGCAAAAGAAACUAUUGAAAGAAGUUAAUCAAAACAUUGAAUUGUUUGGAAGAUAUAAAGAUGAAAUAUUCUUUACAUGGAAUAAAUCAACUGCUUUAGAAUUGGAAACAUUCAUCGAAGAUAUUCGAGAAAAAAAUCGAAAUGUUCGUUUUCAAAAAAUAAUUGGUACAAGUGUUUCCUUUCUUAAUGCUUAUAUAGAAAAUCGCCAAGGUCAAUUAUAUACUCGACUACAUUAUGAUACCAAUAUGCCACGGUAUACAUUACCAUACGUGACAGGUCAUUCAAAAUCAUCCUAUAGUAAUUGGCUUUUUCAUGCACUUAUUCGUGCUGUCUGUUAUUGUACAUUAGUUGAUGAUUUUCAACAAGCAAGGAUUUAUCUUGAAUUAACUUAUCUUAUUAAUGGUUAUUCAGUAUUAUUUGUUGAAACUCAUGUUAAACGUUUCUUCAAUUAUUUUAAUUCUCAAACAAUGCGGUAUUCAUAUAAUCAAAACAUCUACGAUAAGUUUCGUCAAGAAUGGUUUAAAUUUGUUCAACAACGAGAUGAACUUUCAGAAGAACUUCAAAAAUUAGAUGAUACUAAUUGUUUAUUUCAAUUCCAUUACAUCUAUGAUUUUGGUCCUAAAUGUCGUUUUAAUCGAGAAUUUCAUCAACUUUGGCGUCAAUAUUUUCAACAACAUCCAACUUUAUCAGAAGAAAAGUGCAAAAUUAUUCUUAAUUUUGGACAAGCAGAGGCUGAUUUUACUGCAAACCGAAAGACAGAUAUGGCUCGAGAAGUAGAAGAAUAUCGACAAGAACAAGAAAAAGCAUCACAAAAACAAGUUAAUCAAGUACAAUCUCAAGCUGUUCAAGAAAAAAAAGAUGCAAUAACCGAUGAUUCCAUUCGUAAUUCAAAUGAUGAAAAUGAAAUGACUAGUCUUUUGAUUGUUGAUUUACCAUGGUCACAAACUUCACAACAUAAUGCAGCUAAUGAUGACUAG